AUCCCCAAGGCGGGAAAAAUUGGGAAGAAAAAUUCACACACGGAGAGAAGAUGAAGAAGAACUCAAAUUCAAAAUCCGGCAGAGAUCUACAAAGCUUAGUCGAAGCCAUCAAAUCAUCAGAUGUUGUUGAGAAUCGUGUUGAAUUGCUUGAUGAACUUGGUGAGCUAGAUUUGACCGAGAAAUCAGAAGUGGCUUCUCUUAUAGAAUCCUUACAAACACUCUGGGAAGACUUCACAUGUCUUGACAUUUCUCAAUGCAAAUUGAACAAAACCAUUUUGCACGUGGCUGCAAAAUAUUUGCCGUCAGACAUAUCUGCAAGCCUAGGACAGUUUCUAGGUCUGGGAGCCAAAGCUGCUGUAUGGUGUAAAAAGCAUCUACAGAUGACACUCAUGUCGACUCAGGACUCACCUGAAGAAGAACAUAGCAGCCUCUUUUAUCAGUUGCUAUUGGAUUUGCUUGGCUACUCUGCCUCUAUUUUCGCAGCUUUGACCAGAUACCCCAUUGCGGUUGACAAGGGGUUAAUGUCUAUUAUUGAAAAUUUCAUCUUGGAGGAAUUAAACCUUAUAAAGGAUUGUAUUUUAGCAGUGAAGGCAAUUUCCUCAUUUGGUUCAGACGUGCAGAAAAUUGCAUUGGAAGUUCUUGAUGCUCUGAUACGAUUGUGUAAGGUAUAUUCCCAUGGCAUAAACUGGGAUUCUUACCUUAAGAUGGAGGAGGAAAGAAAAGUUAUGGAAAGUGAAGAGGCUGAAAGUGCAGAUCAUGUCAACAAGAUAAUGAAAUUUACGGUUGAGAAGUUGUGUGAGUUGGGCAUCCUUGCAGCUAAUGAUGGAGGAAAUCUUGUGAGCUUAAUUAAUCUGUCAUGGAAAGGUGUAGUUAACUUACUUCAGCUUGGCAAGGGUUCUUUGGCUGUAAAGUUGAAUGUAGGAGACAUUAUUCUGACUCUUAUUUCUCUGGCUAAUGGGUCUUUGAGAAGUGUGGCUGAGACUUGGUCAUCCCCAUUGAAAGAAGCAGUUUCUGCAAUGGAAGCUAGAAGAGUGUUCCUUCCAGUUAAGUUUUACUUGAUUAAUGCUGUGCGAAUUAUCUCUCAGUACCCAUCCGAGGCAUUUUAUGUGUUCAAAGAUAUAAUAUUAUCUGUCAUAAUGAUCUCAACCUUUAGAAUAUUCCUCAUUAAAGAUGAGCAGCUCAAAUUUGCUGGUGAUGCAAUUUCAGAAAUCUUGGAGCCGACAUCCUUUCAUAUGCUUAACUCUUUCCUUAACUCAGCUCAAGUGAAAUCAGAGCAGAAGUUUCAAAUUUUUGAGUGGUUGUUUGGCGAUGAAACUGAUUUGGAUAAUGUCCCCAUAGGGUGCAAUAUUAACGAAGCUAGUAGCAUGAGUGCAAUAUUUUCUGUAAGUUCUGGCACUAUGCAGGGAGCAAAGAUACUAUUUAUUGGUCGAGUAGCCUUGUUUGUUAAUCUUCUGAAAAACUCACCUGAUAUUGAAGAUGAUGCAAGACUAGGGAUGGCUAGAAAACUUGGAUGGUUAUUGUGCAUCUGCACUGAUAACGAUGUGUAUUCUUCCAUUCUUGUCUUGGAACUUCCUACAAUGUCUCGUACUAGACAAAAACAAGAAUCUGAUGAGCCCCUGUUCCAUUUCAUUAUAAAUGCCUUGAAAACCUUCAUGAUAGUUACCUCUUCAAGUCAAGCUUGGUGUGAAAUAGAGUCUUUUCUUCUUGAAAACCUUUUUCAUCCCCACUUUCUUUGUCGUGAGAUUGUUACUGAACUUUGGUGCUUUAUCUCACGUCACGCUGACAGAGUUGUUGUAGAUGACAUUAUUGAAAAGUUCUGCUCAUUAAUGAAGUACACAGAAGCUCCUGACGUUGCACUAAAUCCUGAUAGUCUGGUCAGAAAAAUGGCGAGAUUUCUCUGUGUGCUCGUUACAUCUGGUCCAAAUUCUAUGGUAGAUAAAGUUUAUAAGACAGUGGUUGCAUAUAACACAUCAACCUAUUCAUCAGUUACUUACUUAGCCUUGCUUAUGGAGGGAUUCCCACUAAAUGCACUUUCAGAAAAAUUGAGAAGUGAGGCAAAGCAACAAAUUGUAACUCAAUACUUUAACUUCCUUGGGCGUUUUGGGGGUACACUACCGAGAGAAGGCGGCUCUGCUGUUUAUGGUGCUCCAGUUUUUACUCUUUCUGCCGCUCUGCAGUUUCGCCUAAUCAGCAUAUCAGAUGCUGAGAUGAAGACUAUAAAGUUCCUUGUUGCUAUUAUUCACAAGUAUAGAGAUUGUUCAGACAUCAAAAUAAAGGAUAAAUACUGCAGGCUUCUUAGUGAGACACUAGGAAUCAUUUCUAACAUGAAGCAUUUGUAUACUUCCAAUGAGAUGGAGGAAGUCAUUUUGGCCCUUCAGAACCUCUUCAUCUCUGGACCAGCAUUAUCAGAUGGAAAAUUAUUUCAAUGCAAACCAAACUUGUCAUCUUUUAUGGCUGGCCUUGGUGAGAUUGAAUUGGAAGACCGAGAGGACAAUGCAGUGAGUUCAGCUGUGUGGGAGCUGUAUCACAUGUUACUUAGAGAGCGACACUGGGCACUUGUUCACCUCGCUAUCACAGCCUUUGGAUAUUUUGCUGCCCGCAGUAGUUGUAAUCAUCUCUGGAGAUAUGUACCUGAAGAUGCAGCUCUUUCGUUUGAUCUGGCAACAGGAAAAGAAGCUGAUGAGGAGAGAUUUAUGUCUGACCUGAAAACAUUUCUUGACAAGGAAUCAGCAUGUCCAAAGAUAAAACCUUGUCCGGACACAGUUAACAUGUUUGCUAUGGAUGGUCAAAUGCUGAAAGAGACCUUGAAAAAGAUAAAAGAUGUUGAUCUGAAGCUUAUGGUCUGUGAUCCCAUGGAGGUUGACAAUGAAAAGCAACCCAAUAGAAAAAGAAAAUUUCCUAACAGAGUUACCAAAGGAGUGGAAUUACUGAGAGAUGGCAUGAAGGUUAUGGGUGAUGCUCUUUCCGAGUGGAAGCAUAACCAUUUCGACUCCACUGAUAUUUGCGAAAAAUUCUUGACUCACUUCUCUCACCUGGAAGAUGUGGUUACCCACUUAGUGAGCCUUGCUGACAGUGGCUAACUUCUACUGGAAUAGUUCACUUCUGCAGUGACUGAUACAAAUUAUUAUCAGGUAUUUGCAUUGGACUUAAUCUGUUAUGGAUAAUGGUGCAUCUCUAAAUUUGUCUAUAAUUCUCUAAGUUUAGUUUUGGUUGAACUCAGGAUAGCACGGUAUGAUUUUCUUUGUACUUGUAUUUAUAUAUAAGUGAAGCAAGUUCAGAAUUGACAUAGUUAAAACAAAAGUACUUGUACACUGUUGGAGAAAAUGAAUGU